AUGUCUCUCCAGGUCCCUUACCACACCAAGGCCAACGGGGCCGCUGGCGGCGCAACCAAGGCCGUCAUCCUGGUCGGAGGUGCCUCGCGCGGUACUCGCUUCAGACCCCUUUCCCUCGAUGUCCCCAAGCCCCUCUUCGACGUCGCCGGCCACCCCAUCAUCUGGCACUGCCUAACCGCCGUCGCCAAAGUCCCCUCGAUCCACGAAGUCUACCUGAUCGGCUACUACGACGAGUCCGUCUUCCGGGACUUCAUCAAGGAUGCCGCCCACGAAUUCCCCCAGCUGACCAUCAAGUACCUGCGGGAGUACCAAGCCCUGGGCACCGCCGGCGGACUUUACCACUUCCGGGACAUCAUCCUCAAGGGUCGCCCCGAACGCUUGUUCGUCCUCAACAGCGACGUGUGCUGCUCUUUCCCGUUGGGCGAAAUGCUCCGCCUCUUCGAAGAAAAAGACGCCGAGGCCGUCAUCCUGGGCACCCGCGUGUCCGAAGACGCGGCGACCAACUUCGGCUGUAUCGUGUCCGACGCGCACACGCGCCGCGUGCUGCACUACGUCGAGAAGCCCGAGAGCCAUAUCAGCAACUUGAUCAACUGCGGCGUGUACCUGUUCGCCACGGAAGCCAUCUUCCCCUCCAUCCGCACGGCCAUCAAGCGGCGCACCGAUAGACCCAACCGUUUGAUCCGCUACCCGUCCGCCGAGAACUUGGAGAGUUCCUUCAUCGCCCAGGCCGACGACGACGACGAGGAAUCCGAGAAGCGCUCCGAAGUGAUCCGCCUCGAGCAGGACAUCCUCUCCGACAUGGCCGAUAGCAAGCAAUUCUUCGUCUACGAAACCCAGGAUUUCUGGCGACAGAUCAAGACGGCCGGGUCCGCCAUCCCCGCCAACGCUUUGUACCUGCAGAACGCGUGGCAGAGCGGGUCUUCGGAGCUGGCCCAGCCUCAGCCGAACCACAUCAUCGCGCCCGUGUUCAUCCACCCCACGGCCCGCGUCGAUCCCACAGCCAAGUUGGGUCCCAAUGUGAGCAUCGGUCCCCGCGCCGUGGUGGGCGCUGGUGCCCGUGUCAAGGAGUCGAUUGUGUUGGAGGAUUCCGAGAUCAAGCACGACGCUUGUGUCUUGUACUCGAUCAUCGGCUGGAACAGCCGCGUGGGCGCGUGGGCCCGUGUCGAGGGUACCCCGACGCCGGUGACGAGCCAUACGACGAGCAUCGUCAAGAAUGGUGUCAAGGUGCAGGCCAUUACGAUUUUGGGCAAGGAGUGUGCGGUUGGUGAUGAGGUGCGCGUGCAGAACUGCGUGUGCUUGCCUUUCAAGGAGUUGAAGAGGGAUGUUGCCAACGAGGUUAUCAUGUAA